AUGCAGCACAGGCUGCCACACGCUCGUUCGGAAGUUCCUCUCAGGAGGGGCACUUCAAGCUCAGCCACCGUCGCCGCCAUGAGAGGCUACCGUGUCGUCAAGUACUUGCUGUUUAUCCUCUGCUACGUCUUCUGGGUGUUGAGCACCGUUCUCAUUGCGGUGGGAAUCUACGCCAAGGUGGCCAAGGAGAAAGAUGUGGUGGAUACCCUGACGUUGGACCCCGCUCUGCUCCUGAUGGUCAUUGGCUCCCUUACCUUCUUCAUCACCUUCCUGGGAUGUCUGGGCGCACUGCGCAACGUCACCUGCCUGCUCAAGACGUUUGUGUGCAUCCUGGCGCUGUUGCUGCUCCUGCAGCUGACAACGGGAGUUGCGGCCUAUCUCUUCACGGACACGAACUUUGUUGUGGAGGUGAUGGAGCGGACGGAGCGGCUGAUGAUGAUGAGCAUUGUUGGCUAUCGGGAGGAUCGUGACUUGGAGAAUGCCAUCGACUUUGUCCAAAAGAAGUUCCAGUGCUGCGGCGUGGAGGGCUACCGGGACUGGUCCAGGAAUGUCUACUUUGAUUGCUCCGACGCCAAUCCCAGCGUGGAGGCCUGCAGCAUUCCCUUCUCCUGUUGCAUGGCCCCCGGCAACCAGUUGGUGCUGAACACCAUGUGCGGCUUUGGGACCCAGCGGCAGGAGUGGUCGCUGGCCCAGCAGGGCGUCUUCCUGGACGGAUGUUUUGACAAGAUUGCUCGGUGGCUCAAGCAAAACGCCAGGAUGGUGGGCGGCCUCGCUGGAGGGCUGGUGCUUUUCCAGACUUGCACGAUGUCGCUGGCGUGGGCUCAGGUGUGCUGGAUUAACAAAGUUGGCCGGCGCAAGGCAAUGCCAGCGAGCAGGAUUGCUUCAUUGCAGAAAAAAGACCACAUGUGGUUUCCCGCCUUCGCUGACUUUCACAAGCAAUGACGGGAAAACCGUUGCUGUGCUGAGCUGCAUCAGCUGCUGUUUGCACCAGCUGCUGUUUGCACCUGGUUACCAGAUAGCAAACACAUGCCCGGAAAUAAGUAACUCAGCUUUGCUGCAUCCCAUAAUACACUUGGCCAACAGCCACAGAACCGCUGAGGAAAAGUCCAAAUAAAGAGAAAGCUGAAAAUUCA